GUCCAAUGGAUUCAGACUUGAAUGGUCCCUACAGCAAGAUAAGAUGGUCCAACGUAUAUAAGGACCCGCCGUGGCGUUCACAUUCUUCUAGCUUGCAAUGGAGAAACAGCUGACUCUGUUGGCGGUCAUCCUUUGUGUGGGGGCGGGCUCAGCAGCCACACUGGGAGUGGUGCGCACGGAACUUGGCAGGGUGCAGGGGCAGCAUCUUGUCCUCGGGCUCUACCGCUCUCUGGAUGUCUUCAAAGGAAUUCCCUUUGCUGCCAAACCGGAUACUUUGGAAAAAGCCCAACCUCACCCGGGUUGGGACGGCAUUUUCAAGGCAACUAAGUUUGCCAAGAGAUGUGUUCAGAUGAGCGUGCUCCAAACUUCCACUUUUGGAAGCGAAGACUGCCUCUAUCUCAACAUCUGGGUUCCUCAAGGCCGUCAUGUGUCAACAAAUCUCCCUGUCAUGAUUUGGUUCUACGGAGGAGGCUUCAUGGUCGGAGGCUCCAUGGGGCCAAAUUUCCUCAACAACUACCUCUACAGUGGUCAGGAACUGGCUGCCAAGGGGAAUGUUAUUGUGGUGUCAGUUGCUUAUCGAGUGGGGGUCCUCGGCUUCCUGAGCACGGGAGACGCGAGUUUACCUGGAAAUUACGGUCUUUGGGAUCAACAUGCCGCCAUUUCCUGGGUGCACAGGAAUAUUCAAUCAUUUGGAGGAGACCCUGACAACAUGACUAUCUUUGGGGAGUCGGCAGGCGGCGCUAGUGUCAGCUUCCAGAGUCUCUCCCCCCACAACAGAGGGCUGUUUAAAAGAGUCAUUUCUCAGAGUGGUGUGGCCCUCUGUCCCUGGGCUCUCAGCAGGAAUCCUCACAAAAUUGCACAGGAGGUUGCUGCCAAGGUAGGCUGUCCCACUGACGAGAGGAUGGUGGACUGUCUGAAAGCGACGGAUGCUGCAACUCUCACCAUGGCAAGCCCACGCAUUCAACAAGGAACUCCAGACGAUCCUCUGGUGAACAAAUUGCUCCUGUCUCCUGUUGUUGAUGGCGACUUCCUGCCUGAUCAACCCGCCAACUUGUUCCAUAACGCGGCUGAAACGGACUACCUGGUCGGCGUUAACAACAUGGAUGGACAUCUGUUCACGUCCAAGGACAUUCCCUCCAUCGGGAAGAAGAGUCAGGAGACACCAGUAGAGGACGUGAAGAGACUUCUGGGUGCGUAUACAAAGGAGAAGGGCCCAGUGGGGUUGGAUAUCGCCUUUGCAGAAUAUUGCGCUGACUGGGGAUCGUCACCAAGCCAAGAGACGAUUAAGAGAACUGCGGUGGAUAUCGGGACGGACUACCUUUUCCUGGUUCCCAGUCAGAGUACCCUUUACCGCCAUGCUGCGAAUGCCACGUCUGGACGUACCUUCUCCUACUUGCUGUCUGAGCCCAGUUUAAUGGCAGGACCGGGCAAACCCUACCACACAUGGGUGGGCGCGGACCACGCUGAUGACCUGCAGUAUGUGUUUGGCAAACCUUUCACCACGCCAAAAGCUUAUGGAGAAAAACACAGAGACCUUUCGGGCUACAUGAUAGCCUAUUGGACGAAUUUUGCUCGAACUGGAGAUCCAAACAUGGGAAAUCUAAAGGUUCCAGUGACUUGGCCUGAAUUUAGCAGUACUGAACAUAAGUUUCUGGACAUCAGUGCUCAAAUGAACACAACCUCCAUUAAACAAGAAAUGAGGUUGCGUUUUGUAAGGCUUUGGACCAGCACUCUUUCUAGUCUCUCGUCAAACAGUGCACAAUGAUGUCAACAUGUUUGAAACUGUACAAAUAAAAGAGUCUGUACAGAAA